UAAAACUCCGAUGAUGAAGGAGAUCCUCAUUGGGAAGUUUUGCUAUGGAAGUGCGAUAAAACCCUUUGGAUAAAACCGGGUGUGCGCCCAUGAGCACCCACGGAGGAAAACAUAAAUCGGCACCUAUGCUCGAGGAUAUAUCAUUUCAAAAACUAAAGCAGAUGGCAGCGAUCAGCCCACCGUCUGUAUAAUGAAUGAUCUAAAAACAGGGAACUUUUGGAGACAAAGAGGUUUUUCAGCUGCUCAGUUUAACAUGAUGAUCCUGUACUUUGUAAAUGCAGAUUGGAUAAAAACACAGUGAUCACAGUUCACACCUGCAGUGAAGCCCCUCCCACAACAAUUCACCAAUAAAUACUGGGAUUAUUCCCAUCAUCCUACAAGAGAAGGACAAACUCCAGGAGUAGCAGCUGAAAUCUGUGUGACUGUUAAAGAUGGAGUUUAUUAAAGAGGAGAUUGAAGACAUGAGUGAUCCAGAACCAUCCAGAAUAAAACAUGAAGAUACUGAGGAACAAAUAGACCAGGUGAGAGUGAAAGAGCAAAGACAAGAACUGAAUGAAGUGAAGGAGGAACAUCGUAACUUUACAAUUCAAAGAACAAAAGCCAAAAAGAUGCACACCUGCACUCAGUGUGGAAAGAGUUUCACAUGGGAAGGACAACUUAACAGACACAUGAGAAUUCACACUGGAGAGAAACCGUUUACAUGCACUCAGUGUGGAAAGAGUUUUUCUUAUUCAUCAACUCUCAGUGUUCAUCUGCUCAUUCACUCUGAAGAAAAAACAUUUAACUGUGAUCAGUGUGGUAAAGAUUUUAUUUCAUCAGCAAAUCUAAAAUCACAUCUGAAAGUUCAUUCAGAUGAGAAUGUGCCUUAUGUGUGUUCUCUCUGUGGAAAGAGUUUUUCACGUCUGAACUGUUUGAAACUGCACCAGAAAACACACAAUGAAGUGAGAGAUUAUAUUUGCUGUCACUGUGGGAAGAGCUUUACUUCAUCUCAUGGUCUGAAACUGCAUCAAAGAAUUCAUACUGGAGAAAAACCUUACAAGUGCUCAUAUUGUGACAAGAGUUUCACUCGGUCUGGAAACCUGAAAUCACAUGAGCGAGUUCAUACUGGAGAGAAGCCAUACGACUGUACUCAGUGUGGAAAGAGUUUCUCAUGGAAACAAGCCCUUAACACACACAUGACAAUUCACACUGGAGAGAAACCGUAUACAUGCACUCAGUGUGGAAAGAGUUUUUCUCGAGCAUCACAUCUCAGUGGUCAUCUGCUCAUUCACUCUGGAGAAAAAACAUUUAACUGUGAUCAGUGUGGUAAAAAUUUUAUUUCAUCAUCAAAUCUAAAAUCACACCUAAAAGUUCAUUCAGAUGAGAAGCCUUAUGUGUGUUCUCUCUGUGGAAAGAGUUUUUCAAGGAUGAACAAUUUUAAACUGCACCAGAAAACACACAAUGAAGUGAGAGAUUAUAUUUGCUGUGACUGUGGGAAGAGCUUUACUACAUCUCGUGAUCUGAAACGGCAUCAAAGAAUUCAUACUGGAGAAAAACCUUACAAGUGCUCAUAUUGCGACAAGAGUUUCACUCGGUCUGGACACCUGAAAUCACACGAGCGAGUUCAUACUGGAGAGAAGCCGUACGACUGUACUCAGUGUGGAAAGAGUUUCACCCAAUCAAGUAAUCUAGUGACUCAUAUUAGAAAGCAUUGUUCUGCGUCACAGUGAGCAACUGUUUUGUUAGAUUCACAUAAAGUAAAUGUGUAGUUAGUUAACUAAUAAACUAGUGUUGCUGUGAAAUGCCUCAAGA